UGAAGACGAAGAGCGUCUGCAAUUUCGACCAAAUCCUUCACAACACAACCAGCAACCACGCUCGCGCGCCCGUGUUUACGUGCACCCAAAGGACCAUCGUGAUGGAGACCUCCGUUCACGUCAACACGCAGAGGGAACUCUUUUGUGCCGCUUUGCUGCUCUUCGUCACAUUCUCUUCCGCGCAAGAAGACUCCCCGGUGAAGAAUGCUCAGUGUCACAACUACGCGGGAGGACACGUCUAUCCUGGAGAGGCUUCCCGUGUGCCCGUUUCAGAUCAUUCCCUGCACCUCAGCCAGGCCAAGAUUUCAAAGGCCGCGCCACACUGGGAAGGAACAGCGGUCAUCAACGGUGAAUUCAAGGAGCUGAAGCUGUCCGACUACAGAGGGAAAUACCUCGUCUUUUUCUUCUACCCUCUGGAUUUCACGUUUGUCUGCCCAACCGAAAUCAUCGCCUUCAGUGAUCGCGUGCAUGAGUUUCAGGCCAUCAACACAGAAGUGGUUGCCUGCUCGGUGGACUCCCAGUUCACCCACUUGGCCUGGAUCAACACAGCCAGGAAGCAGGGAGGACUUGGACCAAUGAAAAUCCCUCUUUUGUCUGACCUCACUCACCAGAUUUCCAAAGACUAUGGAGUCUACCUGGAGGAUCAGGGCCACACGCUGAGGGGGCUCUUCAUCAUUGACGACAAAGGCGUCUUGAGGCAGAUCACCAUGAAUGAUCUUCCAGUUGGGCGAUCCGUGGAUGAGACGCUUCGGCUGGUGCAAGCGUUCCAGUACACCGACAAACACGGAGAAGUGUGUCCAGCAGGAUGGAAACCAGGCAGUGCCACAAUCAUUCCCGACCCUUCAGGCAAACUGAAGUAUUUUGAUAAACUGAACUGAUGGAAUACAUUUGAAAAUUCAAAUAAAAUAUCUUUUGGUAAUA